AUGGUGAAAAAGCUCGGUCAGUGGCUCCCACAUGCACUGAGCGACGGCAACCGCCAAAUACACCUGGACAUCUGCACCCAGCUGCUCUCCAUAAGCCGCAGAUUCGACUGGCUGGACAUCCUUGUCACUGGAGAUGAAAAAUGGGUCCUCUAUGGAAUCCAUAAGAACAAGGUCACGCUGAGCGUCUGGUGGGGAGUUCAUGGAAUCUACCGUUUCGAACUGCUGCAGGACAACACGACAGUUAUUGCCGAGGUCUACUGCGCUCAACUGCAAAGACUGGCCGACAAGAUCCGCAAGGAGCACCCGAAGCUCGACAACAUUCGCCUGUUGUACGAUAACGCGCGCCCUCACAUCGCGAAGAGGACUUCCGAGAAAAUUCUGGAGCUCGGAUGGGAAGUUUUACCGCCCCCACCGUACAUCCCAGACCUGGCCCCGUGCGACGGCCACCUCUUCCGAUCGCUUCAGCAUCACCCGGAAGAGAAGCGCUACAAUAAUCGUGACCACCUCGAAAAUCACCUUCGGGCUUUCUCCGCCUCCAGGUCGCCGGAGUACUACGCCAAAGGAAUCCGUGAUUUUGUGAGACGUUGGCAGAAAGUUGUCGAUGUUGAUGGAGAUUAUUUCGUCGAAUAA